AUGGGAGAAAAUUUUGGGGUUGUAGAAAUUACAGAAACCACAUGGAUAAGGGAUGCAAUUUCUUCAAGUGGUAAGUUAUGUGGUGAUCCACCAAUAACUGUAGGUUGUGGUUGUGCUGAACCCGAUGAACCCGAAGAAGGCGAGGAUUUCAAAGGCGGCGGAGGCGUUGGAGAAGAUUGUGUUGAAGGAGUUGGUGGAGACGGCGGUGACUCUGUCAGCAAUGGUGGUGGAAGACUUAGUGUUGGUGGAGGAUAUGAUUUUAGAGGUGGAGAAGGAGGAGGUGAAUAUAAUGUUAAUAAUGGAGGAGGUGGAGGGGUUUGUGUAAGUAAUGGAGAAGAUGGAGGGUGGGGUGUAAUUAGUGGAAAAGGGGGUGCAUUUGUUAAUAAAGGAGGGGGUGGAGGAUUUUGUGUUGGGGGUGAAAGUGGAGGAUGA